GUCUCUGUGGGGUGCUCAUUAGUAGAAGCUUUUACUUAGGACUUCAGGCUUUAACUGAUUCCCCAAGAUGUUUGCAAAAGCAACAAAGAAUUUUGUGAGGGAAACUGACAGUGGAGGUGACUUGAUCCCUGUCUCCCACCUGAAUUCCUCAGACAAGCUGCAGCUUCUGAGCUUAGUUACGAAGAGGAAGAAAUUCUGGUGCUGGCAGAAGCCCAAGUAUCAUUUCUUGACAGUCACCCUGAGUGAUGUGCUUACUGAAGACAAACCAAUAAAACCAGUAAUUGUGGAGUCUGACUUUGCAAAAUAUAUGGGGAAGUUUGAAGAUUUUCUUCAAGGAAGUAUUGAAACUUCAUUUGGAAAGAUCAACCUGGGAGCUGGAGGGAAGGGCUAUGUGGAAAACCAGUCCUCAUUUGGAAACCUGAGGAAGCAGGAGAUUGACUUGCAGCAGCUUAUGAAAGACGUCAAGGACAG